AUUUUAAUUCCUAACUGAAUACGCUGAAAUCAUCCACUUUUUGAAAUCACUUUCUAACUGGGCAAAGUUUGCUUCAUACAUUUAUUCUCCAAAUAAUGAGGGCCAGGCUGGUGACAUAAUUCCAGCCAGGAUCUCUCUGUCAUGCCAGAGCUGGGGUCUGUGCUGUGGAGAUGACGAAGCCCACACAAGCUGCAGAGACUCCUCUGCUGUGCUGUCACACUGCUCACACUCGUUAAUAAUCCUGAGCUUAACAAAAGGAGCUGAACCGAACUCCCCACUCAUGGGCAUGUUUUGGGUGCUUUGAGGAACCAACUGCUAUUCCAUAAGGCUGAAGAGAUCAGGGAGGAAGACACCCAGCAGGUCUCCUGUGACAUGUAGGGCCAGGACCUGGGCACCUGAGGGUAGCCCAUGUGGCACCAGAGUGCAGGCACUGAAUGUCCCCAUGUGCCAAAUUAUGGAGUUAAUGCUCCAUAGCUGGUGACAGAUCUUACUGGAAACACCCACCAUGGUGGAGCCAGCCGAUUCUUUUAAAUCCAGAUUCUCCCUUUCCCCAGUAGAUCCUGAGAGGUUUUGCCCUACAAUGGACAAGGCAGCCCCACUGGCCAUGGCAGGAUUCCUGGGGAUGUCCUGUGCAGAGCCAGUUGGACUUGAUGCUCCUGGUGGGUCUCUUCCAGCUUGGGAUAUUCCAUGAUCCUGUGAUUUUGGGGAUACCUGCUCUGUGCUUUCCUCAGGCACUGCUGGAGCAUCAACCCCUCAACUUCCCCAACUGUGGAAAUUUAUCUGUGAGGGCAGCAUGGGGCUGCUCCUCUCCUGGCCCACCCCAAAGAACAGUGGCAGAACUGUGUCUGCAGCCUCUAGAAACAAUCUGUGUGCAAAUAAAUGUGUUGAUACAACUGGUAGGCGCAUCUUGUAGAGGGAUUAAGGGAAGCCCAAGCUCUUCAUCAGUUUUUGGUCCCUCCAUUGUCGUACAGAAGGUCGCAACAACACUUGCCAUUUCAGCCCCACUCAACUGCCCAGAGAAAGCCUGAGGUGCCCUUUGGGGAGGGUCCAACAGCCUAAAGAGAACAUUUUCCCUGUUUAGCAGCUGUCAUGUUUCACUCAGCAGCCAGUAAACCUCCUCCAAGACUGGUGGCUUAAAUGAUGCUGCUUUUGCUGGAACAACAACCACUGAUUUCCCAUCAGGGUGUGCUGGACCGGCUGGGCCGGGUCCCAUCUGGGACCCCCUUCCCGUUUCCACUCGUGGCUCCAGGAGGGAGCAGCCCAGCACGGCGAGCACAGCAAGUGCUGCACGAACUGCUCCCAGCUCUCAUCUCCGUGAGGGUUUGAAGGGGCUUCUUAACCCGGCGAGUCUGGCCUUGGGCUGGGUCGGGACGUGGCUCUGGGCUCCGGGGCUGGGUGGGGAUGCAGGCCCCACCUGCAGCUGCCCGAGGGCCGCGGCCCCGCUCCACCGUCCCACGCCGAAACACGGCUGCACAUCGCCCGCAGCGCCGAGCAGAUCCCUACCGGCUCCACCUUUGCUUCAUGUGCCGCCAGGUCAUUAAGAGCUGUAAUUAUGAGCGGCUUCUGCCCAGGUUGGCUCAGCCGCGGGCUCUGAUCCUCACAGGGAACGCUCGGAUCCUCCAUCCCUUCACGGCGGCGCCUUCCAUGGGAGCGGGCGGGGACGCUCAGGGGCGCACGGAACCUCCGUGUGAGGGCUCAGGGCCACGCACCCGCCUUUCCGAAACCGCGACCCCUGACGAACGGAGCAACGGGACCCCCGGCACACGCCAGGACCCCGCAGGACCCUCCGCGACCCUCAGCCCGGGCAGGUCCCGCCGCCCCCGAGGGCGGCACCGCCUGCGCUGCGACCCCCGGCCGGGAGGCGGCGCUCUCGCACGGCCCGCAAGGCACGCUGGGAGUCGUAGUCCUACCCCGCCGCACGGCGCCCGCCGCCCCUCACCGGCCGCUCCGGCUCCCGCCCUCCGCGCGCCCGGAGCUCACCGGUCCCUCCGCCCCGAUCCACCGCCGCUGCCCGGGGCCCCGCCGGGCCUGCCCCGGCCCCGAACCCCCAUUCCCGGUGCCCCGCUCGGCCGCCACUUUCCGCUUCCUGCGCGCGGCGCCCCUCGGGGCUCGUAGUCCCGCCGCGCUAUUCACGACGGCCCCUGCGCUGUCUCCGCGCCGCACGCCCGCGGCCGGGACGGGGCGCUGCGCCACGGCGGCGGCGUAGGGCGGGCGGGAGGAAGGGCCGGCGGGGCGGCCGGGGCGGGUGCGAGCUGCUCCGCCCGGAGGAACGCGCGGGGCCGGGGGGACAGAGCGGCGGCACGGCGCCUCCACCCCCAGGCAGCGUGCCCCGCCAGACAUCACCGCGUUCCCAUCCGGCCCCUCGGGAGAUCCUGCCCUGUUGCUAAUUGUCGAGAGCUGUCCAGAGUCCUUCUCCAUACAAUCCUGCUGUGCUCCAUCCUGCUGUGCUUCCGAGGUGUGGCAUUCCCUGCUCUGAUGACAGCUCACACCAGGAUGCUGAGCAGCAGCCACCGGCAGAGAGUGAGGCCAGUGGUGGGCAUGGAACUAUAAAAUCACAGCCAAAGGUUCUGUGAGAGGACGAGUGAAGAGCCUGAGCUGACCCAAAAGCUGUCUCCAGGGGGGAGCAAGCUCCAGCUGGAUGUCAUAGGAAGCACAGAGCUCUCUGCGAGUUGAAGUUCAAGGGGAUGCUGAUUGAGGGACCAAAAAUGUGAGCAGCUGUUCCUUCCAGGCUUGGUGUGCUCCUGGUGCUCAGUGCAGGGACCUUCUAGCAUGCUCCUCCAGCCAGGCCACUCAGCGGGUGCCAGCAGUGGCCGCUCGGGACCAGGGACACCAGGCUGACCCUACAGCGACUGGCUCUGGACCUGCCAAGCAGGAAUUGUGUUGGUGCUUCUGGAGCAGCUGGUCCAGAGAUCUGCUCUUGGAAAGAACCGACCUUCCUCUCUCCAGCGUGCUGGGAUCUUUGCAGCAGCCCAUGCCGCAGCGCCUCGCCCGUUCCACCCGAGCUGCCCAUGCCACUGGCUUGGACCUAACCUAGGCUCAAUCUCAGCGUGGCCUGGGCAGGGGGGAACCAUGGGGAGCUCUGCCUCAUCGCUGGCCGCAGAGACGGAGUCCGACCAUGGCUUCAGUAGCUCGCCCUACCCGGGGCACCCGGCCGUGGGCUGGUAUAGGAGCAGUCCCGGUGGCCCCGUGUGGGAAAGUGCCCUCAUAACGCGGCAGCACCAGCACUUACAGCACCGGCUGCGAAGCCACUCCCACUCUCCCGGCUCCAUGGCUGCUGUCCGUGAGUGGUCCUGCACGCGCUGCACCUUCCUGAACCCCGUGGGCCAGCGGCAGUGCUCCAUCUGCGAGGCUCCCCGCCAGAAACCCGACCUCAACCACAUCCUGCGGCUCAGCGUGGAGGAACAGAAAUGGGCCUGUGCCCGCUGCACCUUCAGGAACUUUCUGGGCAAGGAAACCUGUGAGGUGUGUGGCUUCACCCCAGAGCCGGGACCCGGUGGCUCCCCCUUGCCCGUCAUCAACGGCAUCUUGCCCAAGCCUGCCGUGCUGGUGGAGCCCAAGGGCACAUGCAAGGAGGAGGCUGCCAAGGCAGAAAGCAGCAGCGAGGACUCAGAGGGGAAGAGCCCUGAUGAAGCAGAGCUGGAGAGCGGCUGGGCUUGCCAGCGCUGCACCCUGCACAACACGCCCGUGGCCAACUCCUGCUCCGCCUGUGGUGGCCCACGCAAGCUCUCCCUGCCCAAGAUCCCACCAGAGGCGCUGGUCGUCCCUGAAGUCAUCACCCCGGCCGGAUUCCACAUGGCCCCCUCCACCCCGCAGCCUUUAGUCUCCACAGAGAUCGCUGAUGGUGACGCCGUGGCCGCCCAGGGCCCGGUGGCUAUGGAACAAGAAGCCCAGAAGGUAGCAGCCUUCAGCCCCUUCUCCCCGGGGCUCCAGAACAACCCUGUGCCCCGAAGCCGGCGGGAGGUGCCCCCACAGCUGCAGAUGCCGGUCCCUGAAGGCUCCCAGCCCACGCCUGCGGGCGCCGUGGGGCAGAAGGGCUCUCCCCAAGGUCAGGCCAGGGCUGCCCCUGCCACACGCUUCCCAGAGCUGCUGUCCAACAAACGGCUGAGCGUGCUGGAGGAGGAGAUGGAGGUCAGUCCGUCCCACUGGAAGUGCAGCUCCUGCUCCCUGCUCAACUCCGCUGGGGCCAGCAAGUGCGAGGUUUGCAGCACCCAGAAAGGCAGCGACACCAUCAACCUGGUGGGGGACUCGGUGAGGUUCACCCCGUGCAGCCCCUCCAGCCCUGACUUCACCACCUGGUCCUGUUCCAAGUGCACCCUCAAGAACCCCACACAGGCCCAGAAGUGCAAGGUGUGCGGCUCCUCCAAGCUGCACGGCUUCCAGGAGCACGGGGCUCCGGGCGAGGCGGCCCCGCGCUGCCCCGACUGCGGCGCCUGCGACAGGGCCGGCUGCUCCUGCGGCACCAAGGCCCCGUCCGCCCGCAAGGUCGCCCGGCUCUUCCCCGCCCCGCUGCCCGGCGGGCAGGACAGGCCAGGCCAGUGGGCCUGUCCCGCCUGCACCCUGCUGAACGAGGUGAAGGCCAAGCACUGCGCUGCCUGCCACACCCCCCAGCAGUACGUGGCCCAGCACAAGGGCCUGAAGCCCCUCAAGAGGAGGGAGAGCAUGCACGUGGAGAAGAGGAGGCAAACAGAUGAGGGUGAGGCCAAAGCCCUGUGGGAAAACAUCGUGACCUUCUGCCGGGAGAACAAAGUCAAUUUUGUAGACGACAGUUUCCCCCCUGGGCCCAGGUCCGUGGGGUUCCCGGAAGGUGACAGCGUGCAGCAGCGGGUCAAGCAGUGGCUGCGGCCCCACGAGAUCAACUGCAGCAUCUUCAAGGAGCGCUCAGUGAAGUGGUCAGUGUUCCGCACCCCCCGGCCCUCGGACAUCCUGCAGGGACUGCUGGGGAACUGCUGGUUCCUGAGCGCCCUGGCCGUGCUGGCCGAGCGGCCCGAGCUGGUGGAGAGGGUGAUGAUCACCAGGACGCUGUGCCCCGAGGGCGCCUACCAGGUGCGGCUGUGCAAGGACGGCACGUGGACCACGGUGCUGGUGGAUGACAUGCUGCCCUGCGACGAGUGCGGGUACCUGCUCUUCUCCCAGGCCCAGAGGAAGCAGCUGUGGGUGGCCCUCAUUGAGAAGGCGCUGGCCAAGCUGCACGGUUCGUACUUCGCCCUCCAGGCCGGGCGUGCCAUCGAAGGCCUGGCCACGCUCACAGGGGCCCCCUGCGAGAGCCUGAUGCUGCAGGUCAGCUCCACUAACCCUCGCGAGGAGCCCAUUGACACUGACCUCAUCUGGGCCAAAAUGCUGAGUUCUAAGGAGGCUGGGUUCCUCAUGGGCGCGUCCUGCGGUGGAGGCAACAUGAAGGUGGAUGAUGUGGCCUACGAGAGCAUGGGGCUCCGGCCCCGGCACGCCUACUCCAUCCUGGACGUGCGGGAUGUCCAGGGCUUCAGGUUGCUGCGUCUCCGGAAUCCCUGGGGCCGCUUCUCCUGGAACGGCAGCUGGUCAGACGAGUGGCCGCACUGGCCACUCCCCCUGCGCCACGACCUGAUGCCCCAUGGCAGCAGCGAGGGCGUCUUCUGGAUGGAGUACAGCGACUUCAUCAAGUAUUUUGACUCCGUGGAUAUCUGCAAGCUCCAUUCGGACUGGCACGAGGUGCGUGUGCAGGGAAUGUUCCCCAACAAGGCCAACGGGCCGGUGACGGUGACGUCGCUGACGGUGUUGGAGCGCGCAGCUCUGGAGUUUGCCCUUUUCCAGGAGGGCAGCAGGAGGUCAGACACGGUGGACAGCCACUUGCUGGACCUGUGCAUCAUGGUUUUCCGGGCCACCUUCACCAGCGGGAACAAGCUGAGCCUGGGCCGGCUGAUGGCCCACAGCAAACGAGCCGUCAAAAAGUUCGUCAACUGCGACGUGAUGCUGGAGCCGGGCGAAUACGCGGUCGUGUGCUGUGCCUUCAACCAUUGGAGCACUGCCCUGGCCGGCCCUGCUGCCCAGGCUUCCAGUCCCACCAGCAGCCGAGCAGCCACUGAUUACUCCAGCUACAUCCUGGCCAUCUACAGCUCCCGCCUGGUGAUGGUGGAGCAGGUGGAGGCGCAGCCCACCACGCUGGCAGAUGCCAUCAUCCUGCUGACCGAGAACAAGGGCGAGCGCCAUGAGGGCCGUGAGGGGAUGACCUGCUACUACCUGACCCACGGCUGGGCAGGGCUCAUCGUGGUGGUGGAGAACCGGCACCCCAAGUCCUACCUGCACGUUCAGUGCGACUGCACCGACAGCUUCAACGUGGUGUCCACACGCGGCAGCCUCAAGACACAGGACAGUGUCCCCCCCCUGCACAGGCAGGUGUUGGUGAUCCUGUCCCAGCUGGAGGGUAACGCCGGUUUCUCCAUCACGCACCGCCUGGCGCACCGCAAAGCCACUCAGGCCUUCCUCAAUGACUGGAUGCUGACGAAGGGCACCCACAACCCGCUGCUCACGCCCGAGGUGGCCGGGCUGCACGGCCCCCGGCCCCUAUGACAAAGAGCCUCCCUCUCCCUGCCCCGCUGCCCCGUUCCUGUCACCGAACCUGUGGCUCAGGGUGCCCCCCCGAGCCAGCAGCGCUGAGCUGUGGGGCAGAGCUGGGGUGGCACCCCCAGCACUUUGCCCCACGCUGCGGGGCCGGGGCGAGUUCUCAGGGCCAGCACCAGCCCUGCCCGCUGCCCCUGCCCUGGCACCGCUGCCCCCCACGCACUUUACGAGGAGCGGUUGGGGGCACGGGGCCGUCUCAGGAUCCCACCUGCCCUGUACCUGCGCUGGGCCCGGUGCCCUCUGCCCACCCCGGGGACUCUGGGGGAGGGAGGGGGUGGAGGUUGCUGUCAAGACCCUUCCCAGGCACCACGCUCAGGACUCUGCCCCUUCCCGUGGUGCCAGGGCACUGGCGCUGCAAGAAGAAUAUACCUCUGAUGUCUGUCCGUCUGUGUGACCCUCCGUCUGUCCCUGGGCCCUUCCCACUGUCUUGUUGCCCCCCUUGUCUGCUGCCAGGACCAGCGUGGUGCUGAGGUUGGGCUGGGGAGUGCCAGGGUCACGCUGCCGUGGUGCCACCCAUGCCAGGGACCCCCCACCCAUCCUGGGUGCUGGGCCUGGGGGGAGAGGGCACAGGGUUGUUGCAGAAAGCUGCUGCUGAGGGGGUUUUGCCGUAAUUGGGGUGAAACUCAGAGGUUUCACCACCUCCUCCUUGGCUCCGGGUGGGGAGCGAGGCCUCGGGGUGCUGCUGGCAGGGGCUGUGGCACCGGGGCCCCUGUCCCUGUCACACAAGUGUUACUAUGCAAAGGCGGCCGGGGGGAGCAGUGCCUGGAGAGAAGCCAUGGCCCCAGCUGGGCUCAGCCCCCCGGCACUGCCCUGUGAGCCCCCCAUGCCCCAUGGAGGGAGGGUGGGCAGCAGGUACAGACCCGGGGUCAGGGAGCAGUUCCCUGGAGCUACCACGAGUCCAUGAGCUGGGGAGGGGGUGGUUUUGGGGGGGAUGAGGAGAGCCCACUCCUCCAGAGCCCAAGGGCUGUGGGAGGCAGUGAGCACAAGGCGAGGGCUGCACCUCGGGGUGCCACUGGCCCUGUGGGUGCUCCGAGGUGGGGGCUGAUCCUGGAGGGAGCUGCACCCCACGUUUUCAGGGCAUUGUGGCUCUCUGACAUGGUGUGUGUGUGUGUGUGUGUGUGUGUGUGUGUGUGUGUGUGUGUGUGUGUGUGUGUGUUUUGGGGUUCCCCUCUGUACCGUCUCCUGCCUGAGCUGUGUGGAUUUACAGCUGAGGGGGGGUGAUGGGCAAUGCUGGACCCUGUUCUGGCAGGGACCGUGCUGGGGGGUCCUGCACCCCAAACCCUGCACCCCAAACCCUGCACCAGCAGAGUUGGGCUGGGCAGGGGGUGUGGGGGUCUCUGCCUGACCUGUCUCUCUGUGUCCCCCGGGGAUCAGGGGGUGGGGGGGGGUGGUGGGGGUGGGGCUGCCCUGGCAUCCUCCCAGCCUCCCCCAGCAGGGGCUGCUGAGCCAAGCUCUGUCCGUAUUUCUGUUUGUUGAUCUGUUUUCUCUCUUUCCAGCUCCUUCCUCCUUGGGAUGAUUUGUCCUUCACUUUUUUUUCUCCUCUCUCUUUUUGUCUUUCUGAGCUGUGAAUAUUUUUAACCCUGUAAAUACUGUCCAGCUCUUCAGAAUCAUAGGAUAUUUUAUCAAUUGUAAAUCAGAUCAGUAAUCCCUGUAUGAUAUGAAUUAUCCAUGGGUGGUUUUCAAACUCAGGUUCUGACGGACCAAAUAAAGUUUUGUUUUUUACUGAA